AAAAUAGUAAGUGUUGGAGAAAUAGAAAAACAUAGAUUUCCAGGGAAAUGCAAAGGAAAAAGAGAAAAAUAGUGAGAAGUAGUUGGGGGAUUUGAAAUCGAAAAGGGAGCGACGACGGGAAUGGAGGCUCCUCCUGAAAACGAUCUGUGCUCCGUCUGCCAUGGCGUCUUCAACACUCCUUGUCAAGCCAAUUGCUCUCACUGGUUUUGCGGAAAUUGUAUUAUGCUUGUUUGGGAUCAUGGAUCAACACUUCAGCCUUGUAAAUGCCCUCUCUGUCGUCGCCAGAUAACCUUGCUGGUUCCAACUGAGGCUUCAUUGAGCCAACGUGAUAUGCCUGAGGUGGCUGAGAUUCUAAGCAAGGUUGAAACAUAUAAUCGCUAUUUUGGAGGUCAAUCCAGAGGUCUUACUCAGAGAAUGCAAGACCUUCCUUUUCUUUUGCGGAGGCUGUUACGAGAACUUUUGGAUCCCCAUAGAUCGCUUCCCCUUGUUAUAAGGGCUCGUGUCAUUAUUGCAAUGAUACUAAGUGGUGCCUAUGUACUCAGUCCUGUUGACUUUAUUCCGGAAGCAAUAUUUGGUGUAGUCGGUCUCGUCGAUGAUCUCCUCAUAGUACUCGUGGUCUUCCUCCACGUUGCUACCAUUUAUCGGUCGGUACUCUAUCGACGCCAUGGAGGUGCUUAAACUGUUGCAGUCACAGACAAUUUUAACAAUCGGGGAUAGCUUUGAGUUUUUAGUAGUAAGAGCUUUUGUUCUAGACUUGAUUCAUACGUGGGAUUUGUAAAAGUAAGCCAAAUGCAGGUUCUUAACUGAGAUUUAGUUGCUUAUUUUGUGUAAAAUUCCAUGUACAAUUCUUCUUCAUAUUAAACUGGAAAGAAACAAAAACUCAACAAAUAGAACCAGUUACAGGUCAGGAUAUAUGGAAGCCUACCCUUUUAUUUUUUAUUAAAAAGUCCAAACCUGUUGGUAUA